AUGAAUUCAAGUAGCAUUGAUUAUUCAUCAAUAAGAAUUGGAAGUAAUUAUGUUUCCCUUUCUGGAGUUAACACUAACAUUUGCUGGGUUUUAACUUAAAAUAAUAAACUUUACAAGGGAUUAAUAAAAAGUAAUGGAGAAUUAUAUAUGAAUUUUUUGGAUAUUACAAUUUCAAAAUGUAAUAUAUAUUUUUGUAUUGUUUUUAGAUUAUUUCUAAAUAAACUUAAUAACAAAUGAUUUUGGAAUGCUUAGUAGCUUAGAAGAUGGUGAAUUAUAAUUUACAUUGUUAAAUUCAACAAGCUUAGAAUUGACAGACAUUGUCAUAAAUUAUUAGAUAGAAUCCUAAUUUUAUAACCCUAUUGUCUAAAUCUUAUCUAUAAAUAAUACAUAAUUUACAUUUUGUUUGAUAUACACAACACAAAAAAAUGCUCAUAUUGUUUAUUUUACUUAUAAUUAAGAUGAUAUAGAAUAAACAUCUGAAUUAAUAUUUAAUGGAUCAUAUUCAAAUGCUUUCUUAUCUGAUUAUUAGAAUUAUCUUUUUUUGAUAAAUUCUGAAAAUGUUUAUUUAGUUGAUUUAGUUUAAAAUAGUAGUAUUCAAGAAAUAUUUAAUGCAAAUAUUUAAACUUAAGAUGAUCCUUAACCCAUAUCAUAUUUUUCAACUUUUCAAAUUAGUAAUAACUUGCUUCACAUAAUAGUUUUAUAAUAAUAAAUACUCAGAUCUUUUUUUAUAGAUACUAAUUAUAUUAAUAUAUAGGUCUAAUCAAUUUCAUAUAUUUUGAAUGAGUAUUAAAAAAUAAACAAAAUAGAAUUGACUUUGGAUAAUAUAUUCAUUGUUACAGACACAUUCAUUAUAGACUUGGAAUUAAAGGAGUCCAUUAAAGCUACAGGUUAUUAACUAAUAUAAUCUGGAACAUAUGCAUUUUUUUAUUUAUUGAGGAAUAUUGUUGUUGUUUAAGAAUUCUUUAAUGAUUAAACCAUAAUUUCUACUUACUUAAUUAAUGAACCUUCAAUAUUUAUUUCUUAAGAUAUUGCUGAAUAAUUAGAAAGUAUGGUUUUACCUGUAAAACUGGAUAUAUAAGUAAUGUCUUAGUUAAAUAAUAAAUUUAUGGAAUAUGCUUUUUAAAUCUAAUUGGUUCAAUUAGAUGUUACAGAAAAUUAGUAACCUAUCUAAUUUCAUUAAUAUAUAGAUGAUUUAAUUUUAAUAUUUCCUUAAGAUAAAGUUAUAGAUAGAAGUCAAGCAUUUUUAGGUCCAAAUUUAACAUUAUCGAUUUCAUCUAGUAAUUCUAAUUAUCUUUACGCAGGUAUUGAAGGAACUAGGUUUGGAGAAUGGAAAGUAUAUGAUGCAACUUAUUCAAUAGCAUGUUCAUUUUCAAGAUAAUCAUAAUUAUAUUGUACUUAAUAUAUUAAUGAUACAAUUAUUCUAACAAUAGAAAAUCCAGCAAGUUCAUAAUAAAGAUUCAAUAUUGAGACUCAUUUACAUUUAUAGAAGUGCUCAUGCAUCAAAACUGCAUAAUAUAUCAAUGUUCUUAUGUAGUUUAAAAAUAGUGUAUUAGUACAAUAAUUUGAUCAUUCUUUACAAGCAACUUAACAAAUUACAUUACCAUUUUAAAUGGAGAUCCUAGGUGCUGAAAUUUUAAAAGAUGUCUUAUUUGCUAUUACUAUAGAUGGCAAAUUGAUUGCCACAGAUAUAUUCGAAAAAUAGUAAUUAUUUACAAUUUCAAAUUAUAAUUUCAAAGAAAUUUACAUAAAUCCAUAUGAUUUCCCACAUUAUUUAUUUAUAGAUAAUCUAGAUGAAUUAAUUAUUUUGGCAUAUAAUGGAAAAUAAUCAUAUGAAUUUAUUAAUUCUAUUCAAUAUCCUAUUCAAAACUACUAAAGUAAUGCUAUUGGUAUAUUAAGUAAUGGAAUAUAUCUUGCUUUUUGUAAAGACAAUAACAAUUUUAUCUAUUUCUAUCAAAAAAUCAAUAUUUACCUUUAAAAUAGUCAAUAAAAUUAUUUUGAUGUAUAUAUAGAGGGAUAUAAAAUUUAUUAAAAUCCUAAAAUAAUAAGUACUUAUACAUCUACUAAUUUCUACUUAAUCUUUGAUCAGCAACGAUAUUUUUAAUUAAUCCAAUUUUCUGGAACUGGAACAUCUUAUACAGCCUUAAGGAGUUCUAAAUUUUCUAUUUUAUAAGGAUUAAAGAUCAAUUAAUUGAGUUCUAUUCUAAAAUAAUAACCAGGCUAUUAAGUAUAAAUAGUUUAUUUAUUCACAAAUACUGAAUACUCCAUAAAUCAUCCAUAUUUAUCAUACGAUUAUAUGUUAGCCCCACGUUUUUAGGAAAAUGACUAUAUUGGAAAACAACAUUAUUUAAUGUUCAGGGCACAUAAUUAAAAUUUUACUUCAUAUUAUAAACAAUAUUUUUCAAUAAUUUAUGAAAACUAUUUAUUACUUCCUCGAAAUUUGCAUCAUAAAUAGACUUAUUACAUAUAGAAUAAAGGGGAAAUUAAAAUUAAUCCUAGAACUCUUUUUUAUGGAAACAUUUAAAAUUAUACAGCAAAUUGCGAUGAAUGCAAAUCCUUUAAUAUUACAUAACCUAUUGCUUUUAGCAAUUCAUAAUCUAUAAAUAUUUCUGUUGAAAAUAUCUUGAAUUCUAAUGAUUUAGUCUAUUUAACAGAUUAAUAAAAUAACUUAUAUUAAUUUUAUCCUGAAACUAAUCAGUUAUCAAUGCUAUAUAAUUUAUCAGAUUAAGGCCAUUAAUAAUGCAAUUUUCUUUUUAUCGAGAUGCAAAAUUCUUUUCCUGUACAAAUUUGUACUGGAAAAUCAACUAUAAUAUACGCUUAUAACAUAUCUUCAAAUUAAAUAAUCAAACAUAAUUUGAUUGAAGUAUGCUGUUUUUAUUACUCAAGUUAUCAAAAUGGUAUGUUAACAGUAUUUUCUAAUGGUAAAUUUUAAGGCUUAGAUUAUUUUGUUUUUUAUUUUUGGAUUUCCAAUAAUGAAAUUAAUCUCAAGUAAAUUUUCAAUUCUAAUGGAGUAUGUCAUUAUUGUUUGAUAAGUCCUCUUUAUUUAAGUAUGUCAUAAAAUUUUACUAAUUAACCUUGUUAAAUAUUUGGACUUAUAUCAACUUCAAUCGAUGGUUCAGGUAAUAAUGAAAUUUUUCUUUUAAAACAUUGCAUCUCUUCAACAAUGAGUUAAAUUUUUGGUUUUGAACCUAAUUAAACUAUUACAUCUGGGAAUAUUUAUUUUUAAAGUUCUACUUGGUAUUUAAUUUAAACAAAAUUUAUUAGUUUUUCGUUUAGUUAAAUUACUAAAUAAUUUGGAUCCUCAGAAUAAAUUUCUGAUAAUGUUAUUUAAGUCAAAUUAAUAGUUUCAUAUUUUAAUGUUGUUGAGUUGUAUAUGGUUUUAUUUAAUUAAACAACAGGUAAUCUCAUUAGUUUUGUUUUGGAUUAGGGUUUUGAUAUAGACUUUAACGAAACUGUAGCAUCUUUUUAAGUAAGUUAAGGAUCAAAUGGCUUGUUAAUGAUAGAAAGUUUUUCAAAAAAGAACACAUUCCCUCCUCAAAUCUAUACAUAUGAAGCACAUAAAUUUGAAAUACAAUACGAAACAAAAAAAUUAAAUAGAAUGAUAGGAUUCGAAAUAAUAUAAGCUCAGUCUUCCGAAGUAUAUAGUGUAUUAUCUGGUAAUUAUUAUGCUAUUAGAAAUAAAACCAAUUCAUUAUUAUAUUAUGUUUAGAAUUAUCUUACUCUUUCUGUUGAUUUAACUGGUAUUGAAAAUACAUCUAUUGAAAUUACAAGCUAUAAUCCAUAAAAUUAAAUAAAUUAAUCAUUAUUUAUUUAGAAUCUAUAUUAUCGAAACAAUAGUAAUAAUAAUGAAACACCUAUAAAUAAUAAUACAAAUAUUCCUGAUAAUCCUAUUAUUCCUGAUAAUCCAAAUUCAACAGACUCAGAUGUUCNAAAAUAACUUAUAUUAAUUUUAUCCUGA